GUCACCAAUAUUGCAAAAGACUUGCUUGACCUUUCCUACAUAAACCACUUCUCUUCUUUUCCUUUCAUCUUCUUCAACAACUCUCCCCUGCUUUUCUCUUUCCUCACCAACAAAUAGUAAUAAAACUCACAAAAAGCUUCCAAGAUCUCUUCCAUGGCUGGUCUUCAAAGAUCCGCAGUCUCUUUCAGAAGACAAGGCUCAUCUGGCUUCGUCUGGGACGACAGGUUCUUAUCAGAAGAGUUGAACAGAGCCAACCAGAAAGAUGAAAACGAAAAACAGCAACAAGAAGACGACCGUGAAAAGUCUGAGAUUAAAGAACUUAACGCAGGCACAAGCGUCCCACCAAUCAAUACGAUUGACCGUAGUCGUUCAACCGGCGGCGGACGGGGGUACCGGACCGGAAAAGUGUCUCCGGCAGUUGAGCCGCCGUCUCCAAAGCUCUCUGCUUGUGGAUUUUGCGGCGCUUUCGGGAGAACAGGGGACAACGGUCACAGAACAAGGCCUGGUAAGCACAGAUCGAGGUAGUUCGUGUUCUAUGAUUUUCCGGUGAACGGAGACAGAAUGUUCCGGCGGAUAUGAGGGGUAGGUCUCAUCAAUUCGUUUCGAUUAAGCGUAUGUCGAAGUUUUUAGGUCCUAUAAAAGGGUUGAGUUCAUGUCAGAAGAAAAGAAACAGAGUACUCUGUUCUGGUUUAAGUUGUUAUCUGUAAGUUUUGGAGAAAAUGUAUAUUUUUUUAGAUACGGUGUUUUAAUUAAUUAUAUAUUAUUUAAAUUUUACUGAUUAAAA